AUGGAUCAGGAAAACUGCACGGCUGUGACGGAGUUCCUGCUCAUGGGAUUGUCAGAUGUGCCAGAGUUGAGAGGCCUUCUGUUUCUGAUAUUUCUUCUCAUCUAUGGAGUCACAGUUGUGGCCAACCUUGGCAUGAUUGCACUGAUCCAAGCCAGCUCUCAACUUCACAUGCCCAUGUACUUUUUUCUCAGCCAUUUGUCUUUCGUGGAUCUCUGCUAUUCCUCCAUCAUUGUCCCGAAGAUGUUGGCUAACAUCCUCACCAAGGACAAAGCCAUCUCCCUCCUUGGCUGCAUGGUGCAAUUCUACUUAUUUUGCACGUGUGUGGUCACUGAGGUCUUCCUGCUGGCGGUGAUGGCCUAUGACCGCUUUGUGGCCAUCUGCAACCCCUUGCUCUACACGGUCAUUAUGUCUCAGAAGAUCCGUGUAGAGCUGGUUUCUGGCUGCUAUCUCUGUGCCUCAGUAUGCUCUCUGAUUCACUUGGGCUUAGCUUUUAAGAUCCCAUCUUAUAAGUCCAAUGUGAUUAAUCAUUUCUUCUGCGAUCUACCCCCUCUUUUAAAUCUUGCUUGUGCUGAUGUCACUGUAAAUGGAGUGCUACUGUUCAUUGUGGCCACAUUCAAUGAGACUGUCACUAUUGUGAUCAUCCUCACCUCCUACUUGUUCAUUCUCAUCACCAUCCUGAGGAUGCGUUCUGCAGAGGGAAGACACAAAGCAUUUUCCACCUGUGCCUCCCACCUCACAGCCAUUGUUGUCUUCCAUGGAACAAUCCUGUCCAUUUAUUGCCGGCCCAGUUCAAGCAGCGAGGAGGAUGUUGACAAAGUGUCCGCGAUAUUCUACACAGUAGUGAUCCCCAUGCUCAACCCCUUGAUCUACAGCCUUAGAAACAAAGAUGUGAAGGAAGCUCUCGGGAAAUUAAUGGGCUCCAAAAGAAAUUAA